AUGGGAUACUCGGCCAUGGAGGAUAUGGGAUACAGCAUGCUCCCAGCCGACUCGCCGCCCGAGAAUAUGGCCACGGAGGUGGAGAGAUCGCUCCGAUCACGACCAAACGAAGUGUCAGGGCCGAUUAUGUAUGGAAGAGGGGAUCAUGAUGCAUGCGAGAACUUCUUGAGAUUCGGACUCCAGGGUAGCGAAUUCACCAGGAAGGUCGAAGAAGUGAUCGGAAGGCCGGCCUUCCUUCUCCACCAAGGCCCAGUCAUCGUCCACUCGUCCGAUCGCCCAACCAGCUGGGGAAUCAAUGCCGCCCACCCUUGCCGAGAUGGAGUCUCGGUGUUCCGAACCCUCUCA